AUGCAUACAAGCACCAAACGGAUGAUCUGCCCAGUGUCCACACUGUGCGCUAUUAUCAUAAUCUUGACAGCACUCAUAAGUGGCGUAAAAGCGGGUAUCAUCGCCAAAAGCGAAGUUGAGAAAUGCGUAGCGGACGGAGGCGUAGACCCAAUGACAGCAGGAACAACGACAUGUGAAAACAAGAUUGUCGUUUCUGUCACUGUGGCUGGUGGCCAGGGACCAACAAAUGCGAUCGAGGUCAUAGUGAACGAAGCAGUUGUGAGUGGGGAAAAUAGAACACUCGUCGCCCCUAUACGUAUUACGUACCAAAAGUCGCAACCCCUUCUGUUGUAUGCGCUGGACUACGUCCAGAAUGUCAACAACAAACCCUAUGAGCUAAUCAUCGAGAAAGCAAGUAUUGCGGGAGGGGUGUUCGAUCGCUGUAUUGACGAUGGUAGCACCGACAGUACGUGCGGAGUCUUCAUCGACCGCGAGAACAAUAACGUGCAGGUGCCAGAGAGUCAGGGCUUCUGCUGCUCCUGUGACACAUUUGGGCAGAACGGCGAUAUCUUCCGCAGCGACAUUGACUGUGGAAACAUCUUCAGCAAUCAAGCAUCGGCUCAUUGGUGAGUGGGGGUGCACUUUGUGAGUUGUGACUACUGUUGUG